UCUGUUUAAUCAGAAUUAUUGUUAUGUAGGAAACGUCAUCUGUUUACUCGGCAUUACAGAGACGUCAACUUUUAUAUGGACUCCUGCGUGCAUCUCACUUAUUUGACUAUAAAUUGUUAUUUAAUAUGUUCUACACAUGCAGAAAAAUAUUGCAAGCAGGAGCAAGUGGGUCGGUAUGAUGGCCACAGCAGUACAAAAUAAUGGAAUUGAAACACUCGUAAAUGGCAACAUUAAUCACGUUGAUGUGAAUGAAGAACAUGUUGAACCUAGUGUUAUCACUACUAACAGUUCUGCUGCUGGAGAAACACCUGAAGCAGAGCCUCCAGAAAUAGACAUAGUAAUCAACAAUGUGGUCUGCAGUUUUAGUGUUCGAUGUCACCUGAAUCUAAGACAGAUUGCAUUAAAUGGUGCUAAUGUGGAGUACAGAAGAGAGAAUGGGAUGAUCACGAUGAAACUGAGGAGGCCAUACACAACAGCUUCUAUGUGGUCAUCUGGGAAAGUAACAUGUACUGGAGCUACUAGUGAAGAGCAAGCAAAAAUUGCAGCAAGACGGUUUGCUCGAUGUUUACAGAAACUUGGCUUUAAAGCUCGAUUCAAUAACUUUAGGGUAGUCAAUGUGUUGGGGACAUGCUCCAUGCCCUUUGCAAUCAAAAUAAUGGCCUUUUCAGAACGAUACAAAGAACAUGCAGAUUACGAGCCAGAACUUCAUCCUGGUGUGACAUACAAACUGACUCAACCCAAAGCAACUCUCAAAAUCUUCUCAACAGGUAGUGUUACCGUUACAGCACCAAGCGUGGCAGAUGUUCAGGCAGCCAUUGAACAUAUAUUCCCUCUAGUCUAUGAAUAUAGGAAAGAACGUACAAAAGAGGAUUUGUUGGCAUUGCAGUUAAGACGUAAAGGUCAGAAGAGGAAACGCAGUUUUGCACACAUUGAAAUUGAGGACAAUGAUUUUGAGGAAGAGGCAGAAGUCAUAUCUGAUGAAGAGGAUGAGACUUGUGAAAGUGAUAAGAGCUGGGAUUGAUAGAUGUUAUGUUCGCACUGUGUCAAGUGUGUGGGUAUGUGUGUUGAAGCGUGUGCAUGACAUCAUAUAGCAAAUAUUGAACUGAAGAGGAUGGUAACUGUGUGUGACUGUUGAAUGUCAGAGUAAUGUGAUGUGAAAACAUGUCUCUCAUUUUUUUCCAACUUGGUUAUCCACAGUGUUAGUGUGUCAAGACACAAUACUCAUUGCCACUUGAAGGCAGAUGUUUUCACUGAUUUGUUACUGCAUAUAACAUUAUUUAUUUACAUUGUAAGUUACAUAUAGUCAAGCGUAGACUUACGUGAAAUCUCUUACUUUUUUCGUGAUAAUGAUCAACAGGUCACAGUUGUGUCAAUAUUGACAUUAUAAAUCAAUGAUGCAACAUUUUAUAUAAGAUGGUAGGCAAUAUUUACCUGAUGUAGAACAAAAUGGGAUCAAAAGGUUCUUUUGCACUUUCGAAACUCAGUAUUGUAAAAUGUUUUCUGAACUGACAAGAUGUGGGCAUUUUCUGUAUACAAUAUUAUAAUGUAAUGUAGCCUUGGAAUCAUGUUGUUAAAUUAACAUUGUGAUACCACGUAACUGACAUUGGCAAUAUAUAUAUGUAUCCAGUCAGGCUGACUAGGAACUGUGCAAUUCCUUCCAAAGUACCCACUUUUGCUUUAGAAGUAUUUUACAUUUGUUUAAUGAAACAAAUGUAUAGCUUUAGAACUGCCUUUAUGAAAUGUGUAAGAUGAAAGCUUUUAUGAGCUGGUAAUAUAUAUUUUGAAAUGUCAUGUAAUAAAUCUUAGAUAUAGUUUGACAUUGAGCUGAUUUUACACCUUUGUCGCUUGAUGUGGUGACUAUGAAAUUAUGAAAACAAUAGUUUCAUCAGCUAAGGAAUUCUGUAGUUUGUCACAUGUUUAAACUUAUCUUUUAUUAUUAUUAUUAUUAAUUAUUAUUAUUAUUACAUGUUUUUCUUGAUUGAAAUCUAUGGAGUUGCUUUAAUUUUGUAUCUGUGUCUUGGUGUCUUUUUGUUUUGUGGUAGUACUAUCAGCAUUGUCACCCCAUCUCAACUCUGAGAAAUUAAAUGUAGCAGGGAAACAUCCUUGGCUAGUAUGAAAAUUAUGCUUCAGUUUUACAGAAAAAUUAAUUUAUUUCCUAUCUUUAUUUUAGAUUAUUACAUGUGGCUGUAAAAAUACUGCUUUUGCCUUUCUGCCAGAAACUUGCAUAAUUUCCAUUAAAUAUUUAUAUACCUUACUUUAAGUACAUUUAGGACACAGGAUGCAUUAUGUUGGAAAAGAUCUUGCUUGCCUUCUCCUGUUCAUACCAGACUUGGAUCCAUCUUCAUUUGAUAACUGAAACAAUACAAUUUAUUCUUUUAAUUCUGAUUAGGGAAUUAAAUAUUUCAUUAUUUUGUGGGUGUGAAUUAAAAAUAAUAUUUAUUUAUAAACAUAAGAAGUCAUAUAUGUUUAAGUUCCAUCAUGUGUGUUGGUAUAUUCACUCAUUUUUGUCAUAGAAUAGUCAAUUUGUGAAGUUUUGUAUUAUCUUUGUUCACUGUUCAUUUGAAUAAUAUACAUCAUAAUUACAAUACACAGAAUAGAAUAUU